UUACCUGUAUGUUCCCCAAAUGCAUCGGCGCUCUUUGAAGAGAUGAGUCUUUGCGGGCCUGAGGUCAGUCUCCUACUGGUCAUCUCACAGAAGUUUAGAGACCAACGUUUUGUCAACAUCAUGCGGAUUUCGAAGCUGCUGCUUGUGGUGGGAAUGUGUGUGUUAAGCGUCACAUCUUCCCUGAAAAUCUGCGCUUUCAAUGUUCAGAGUUUUGGUGAAUCAAAGGCAAACAACAGGAGAGUGAUGGAGAUUAUACUGAAGAUUCUGUCUCGAUGUGACUUGUGCCUCAUUCAGGAGGUUCGAGACUCCAAAGGAGAAGUCAUUCAAUCCUUGGUGAAGGAUCUUAACAGAUUUGACAAAUCCAACACCUAUUCUUAUGUGGAAAGUGAACGGCUGGGAAGAAAGAGCUACAAGGAGCAGUAUGUCUAUAUUUACAGGAAUAGUUUGCUAAAAGUCAAGGAGAGUUAUCAGUAUCCCAAACUGGAAGGAGAAGGGCCCAAUGCAACUGAAGUCUUCUCCAGAGAGCCGUUUAUUGUCCGCUUUCACUCUCCGACUACAAUGGUGAAGGAUUUUGUUCUGAUUGGGCAUCACGCUUGUCCCAAAACUGCCAUGAGGGAGAUCGAUGAACUGUACACCGUCGUUAAAAGCAUUAACAAGAAGUGGAAGACCGAUAAUGUGAUGAUCUUAGGGGACCUCAAUGCCGGCUGCAGCUACGUCACCAUUAAGGGCUGGAGAACUGUCCGCUUAAGGAGUGACCCCAAAUUUCUCUGGUUGAUUGGAGACGAGCAGGACACCACUGUGAGGGAAAAGACCCGCUGUGCCUACGACAGGAUCAUUGUGCACGGACGGGGGAUUGUUUCCAGCAUUGUGCCAGAUUCAGCUCAGCCAUUCAACUUUAAGGAGAAUUACCAGCUUACAGAGGCAGAGGCUCUUGAGGUUAGUGACCACUUUCCAGUCGAAGUUGAACUAAAACCCAACCACCGCUACCUGCUUCGCCAUGAGCUGUAGAACUCACUGACUGCCAUAAUCACAGCCAGCAGCCCUGCACUUUUUUUUCUUGAAUUCAACCUGCUGUUUUACUUGAAUUUUAAAUAAACUG